AUGAUUUUUAACGAUAAAUUACAAUGUCACCUUAAAAGUUUUUUCUUCAACUCAUCUGCUCAUUUUGGCGAUGCGAAAAAAAUAUUUUUGCUCUUUUUCUUUCAUUUUCUAUUCUUUUUUUUCUAUUUUCUCGAAAAACGUAAUAAUCCGUUGAACAAAAUUUGUUGACAUUUACUCGUUCUCCGUUACAGAAACUAGGGCAGAAAACAAGUUUGAUGUCUUGACCAGAAGUCUGUCAAGGUCAAAAGAGUUUGACCAGUGGCGGAGCCGCGUCGCAAGACUUUGCGGCGCGUGCCGAUCGUCGACCAAUAGGCGUGCACCACGGCCGCAGAGGUAGUGCAACGUCGAACAGGCAGUCGGCCGCCCUCUACUCAGUUGAGCUCCGGACUGUCCUACUCUCAACAUGCUUCCUCAAAAGCUCGUUCUUAUCGCGCUCGGUGAGUGAUUAUGCUUCAGAUUGAUUUUCAACUCUUCUCAGUUGAUGGAAAGGUUGUUUUCCAUUGAGAUAUAUCAGUGAAACUAACCGCAAAAAAGCAAGAAAAUCGUGUUUAAUUCUGAACGUUUCAGCGAUCGGAGCAUGCAGCGCCAUGUACUCCAAGAAAGACGACGUCGUCGAGUUGACUGAGGCCAAUUUCCAAUCGAAAGUUCUUGCCAGUGACGACAUUUGGAUUGUUGAGUUCUACGCUCCAUGGUUAGUUUAAUUGAGUUUGACUGAUAAGCAAAUUUGUUUGAAGGUGCGGUCACUGCAAGAACCUUGUUCCGGAGUACAAAAAAGCCGCUACCGCUUUGAAGGGUGUUGCUAAGGUCGGUAUCAAUUGAAUAGAAGCGUGUUGAGCAAUCUUUAUUUUAUUUUUACAGGUUGGAGCCGUCGACAUGACACAGCACCAGUCUGUUGGUCAACCCUACAACGUUCAAGGCUUUCCUACUUUGAAAAUCUUUGGCGCUGACAAGAAGAAGCCAACCGAUUUCAACGGUAAUAAUUGGUUCCUUUUUUUUUUUAGUAAAACCAAGAAUAUGACUGUCACAGUGAGACACAGCAAACACGCCAAACUCUUCCUUGUGUGCCCAGUCGGCGGCGCUUUUUAUUUACUUGCGCGACUGAGGUCAACUGACCCUUUUCUCGGUAUUUACUCUCGGACUGCCAAUCAUCGCUGUUAACUCAAGAGUAUUCAAAAUAGAAAAGAACUAUGUCAUAAGAGCAUUCAGACGUUUUCCAAAUUUUUUGGCGGUAUUGAGAAAAAAAAAGAAAAUUUUGCAGCUUUUGACAAUAAACAAAAUCUCGCUUGCUAACUUUCUUUAUGAGCGCAAAAAUUAAUAGCUGUUGUAAAACUGUUUGGCUUUUUAUGAAAAAAAGUAAUAAAAAAAUUCUGUAAAAAAAUGUGUGGAAAUAAAAAAAUUGUCGGAAAAGAGCGAACAGUUUUUUUUGGCUAAAUUUUUGAAGUCAAUAUUAUUUUCAGGACAACGAACGGCUCAAGCGAUUGCCGAUGCUCUUCUCGCUGAAGCUAAGAAAGCUGUCAGUGCCCGACUUGGCGGAAAAGGAUCCUCAGGAAGCUCGAGCUCUGGAUCUGGAUCUGGAUCUGGAAAACGCGGCGGCGGAAACGAAGUUGUCGAACUAACGGACUCCAACUUCGAAGAGCUCGUGCUGAACAGCAAGGACAUGUGGCUCGUUGAGUUCUACGCACCAUGGUGUGGCCAUUGCAAAAACUUGGAGCCUCACUGGAAGGCUGCCGCCUCCGAACUCAAAGGCAAAGUGAAGGUAAAUCCAAUUUGGUUUUUUUGAAAUUCUAUUGAAAUUUUUCUUUUAGCUUGGAGCUCUUGACGCCACGGUCCACACCAACAUUGCCAACAAGUUCGGCAUUCGCGGAUUCCCCACAAUCAAAUACUUCGCUCCUGGAUCGGAUAUUUCUGACGCUGCUGAGUACGACGGAGGCCGAACCACUUCUGACAUCGUGUCCUGGGCGUCCAGCAAAGUGAAUUUUUCCUCUUUUUUUGUUUGAUUUUUUUAAACCUUUUAAAUAAUUUCAUUCUUAAUGAUGAAAGUUUCAGGCCCAAGAAAACCUUCCACCACCAGAGGUCCUUGAAGGAAUUAACCAAGAAGUUGUUGAAGGUUAGUUAAAAUUCAUUCAAUUACAGUAAAUGGUUUGCAGUCCUUGUUAGAAGCGCUAAUAAUUAAAGUCGAUUAAAAUUUUGAGCCCAAGUAGUUUUUAUUCACAAAAUGAAAAACUUGAUUGUUUCGGAGGGAGGAUAUAUUUUUUGAGGAUAUUGGCAAGCUUGUUCAAAAGUUAAUUUUUAUAGUUUGAAAAUGUGUAUAGAGAUUUACCUUUUUAUACAUUUGGUUUCAGGGGCCUGCAAAGACAAGCAACUGUGCAUCUUCGCCUUCCUGCCACACAUUCUUGAUUGCCAAUCGGAAUGCCGGAACAAACACAUCGCCGUGCUGAAGGAGCUCUCCGAGAAGUUCAAGAAGAACCUUUGGGGGUCCGUCACAAGAUUUUUCUCUUGGGCAAAAAGAAGUAUUUCAGCUGGAUCUGGGUUGAAGGAGGCUCGCAGCCGGGACUUGAAGAAGCUUUCGAGGUCGGAGGCUUUGGAUAUCCCGCCAUGACCGCUUUGAACUCCCGCAAAAUGAAGUUCUCCGUCUUGAAGGGAUCUUUCAGCAAAGACGGCAUUCACGAGUUCCUCCGUGAUCUCAGUUUUGGCAAGGGCCGCACCGCUUCCCUAAGAGUGGGUUUUUUUCAAAUAUUUUUUUAAGAAGCGCUGCGAAAAAAACUUCUUGUUGAAAAACAGGAAUCAAUCAAAGCAGAAAUCUUCCAAAUUAAUAUUUUUUUUGAAGGAACAUCCGAGUUUAAAAAAAUCACUGAAAACAUGAUACCUAAUGAGAAUCUCAGUUCAGUUCAUUUGAAAUUUAAUAUCAUUCAUUCAUAUUGCCUUUUUUUGAAAAAAAGGUAAUCACUUAUUAUUAUUACAGAGCACCGAGUUCCCCAAAGUCGUCAAAACCGAAAAGUGGGAUGGCAAAGAUGGUGUUUUGCCCGCUGAGGACGACAUCGACCUUUCGGACAUUGACCUCGACAAGACCGAAUUGUAA